AUGUCUGACAGCUCUCCUGCUCCCGAGCCAGCUAAGCUGGCAAUCGUCACAGGGGCCACCGCGGGUAUCGGGCUAGAGCUGGCCAAGAAACUCCUCGAUUCAGGCUGGAAGGUCGUGGUGGCCGCAAGAGACACAACGAAAGCCACACGAGUCUUUGGUGACUCCGUAGACAUCAUGAAUCUUGACUUGACCAGUUUCGAAUCCGUUCAUGCUUUCGCGAGCGCAUGCAACGAGAAGUUCCAUCGAAUCGAUCGUUUGAUUCUCAACGGUGGUGUCAUUCACCGUAGUGGAGCCAAAACAGGAGACGGUCUUGAUGAAAUCUUACAAGUGAACUAUUUUUCCAACGUGCUUCUCAUGAUGCUCAUGUUGCCGACUUUAAGGAAGACCGAGAACCCUGCCGUGAUCGUAACCAACUCAUCUGCUCAUCGUUGGGACGGCGAAACGAGCACCCUUGCCAAGAUAGCUAACGCCGGCGACCAAAGUAACAUUAGUUGUUACUCGGCAUACGGGGCGAGCAAACUAGCAAUGCUGGCCUUCGGCUCUUACUUUAGUAAGCGAACAGGAAUCAAAGUUCCUCAGUGCCACCCCGGUGUUGUGAACACCAACCUCAAGAACAACCAACCUUGGUACGCUAAAGUCUAUUUCAGCCUCUUUGGUAUAUCUCCCAAUGACGGUGCUUUGCCGCUCUAUGUGGUUUGUGUCGAUCCGAAUGCAGAGGGAUAUUUCGCGCCACCCUCAGUGUUGAGCAAAUGGUUCCAAAGGGUACGUCAUGGCGACCAGCAGUUAUCUGCCUCUUAUUUCCAAGCUGAGAGCUCGACGAUCAGUUGCAGUCGAGGGUUCUGGGAUAAGGUUUGGCAGAGUACCUGCAACUGUAUGGCCGAUCAUGUGAAGAAAGAUCUCUGGGAAGAAGCUUUGAAGAAUGCUGGGAACUUCAUCGGAAGUUAACUCUGUAAACUUCUAUCAUUUUUUGAGGAUCACUGCCAGCUCGAGCAGCAUUACCUGACGAGAUUCA